AUGGAAGAGAGAACUCGUCACCAUCGUGUCACUGUCGGGUCAUCAUCGUCGUUGUUGUCCGUUGUCGUUGCUACUGCGAAUGGGAGAACUCGCAACUUCGAGAGGAGCGAGGAACAUUGUUCACCGCAAUUCCUCACCCCAACAAAAGGUAUUGUGUUUUCAUCUUCGACUUUGGUCUUAUCAGAUAGCCUUAGUAAUGAUGAUGGUGUUAGAUUUGAUGACAAUAAGAGUGAAAAUGAUAGUGAUGUUGGUUGUGAAGAUGGAGCCGAGGAGCAACAUGGAAGUCUUCAUGAAGAGAAAAGGAUAUCUUAUUUGACAGGCGAUGAGAUAAAGGGUUUGAGAAAUAGGAAACACUUCAUGAGGGUGGAUAGAAAAAGAGACCGUAGACUUAUCACUCGUACUAAUUGUGAAGCCAAGCUUCGUGUUUAUUUAGAUUACAAGACAUCAAGAUGGAAAGUGUAUUCACUCCGUGAGACCCAUAACCAUGAACUGACCCCACCCACUGAUAUUCGUCAUAUUCCUAAGUAUAAUGUGAUGACUGAUUUGGAUAAAAGCCAAGUGGACGAUAGUUUGCAUAAAUUUGGUGUUAGAACUUGCCACAUCAUGGGAUGUUUAAUGGCUCAAAAGGAUAGAUAUGAUGGAGUUGGUUUUUCCUAA